UAGGAAUUUCUCUGAAAACCAUCAGGGAAGAAUGGAUUGGACGCACUCGAAGGCACGGGUUUUUCAUGGGAAGUCGAAGGAAUUACCUCAAGGGAUCAGAGGAAAAACACAAAUGGCUUUGUGAACACACCAAAUGAUGAUCUCUGUGAUAUCUCCAGUUGGCGUGACUGGCCGUGCCCUUGGGUGCUGCAUGAAGGAGGGGCUCUGCCCAACACCCCAUGGAAAACACUGUCUUUGUUAUGCACAGCAAGGUAGAGCUGAAACCUGGGAGCCCCAACUGGACUUGGGCUAUCCAGACUAGAGGACAAUGACAAUGACACUAGGAGUGGACGCAUCUCAAACUCCAAAGCCUAAGGGUAAACUAACUCGUCCAAAGCCAUGUUAUCUCUGGACUACAGCAGAUGUUCAAAAGUGGUUCAAGCGGCAUUGUAGUGAAUAUUUUCAGCUAUAUUCCCAUCUUCUCAUUCAGAAUGACAUCACUGGCAAGGCCCUUGUGAGGAUGACAGAAGGAACCCUCAUCAGGCUAGGCAUAGCACAUCCCGAGCACCUCGAGGCCAUCUGGCGGGAGAUUCUGAAGCUGAGGCUAAAGGCUGACAUACAGGAGAUGAAGGAAAUUGAAAUGAGUUCCAUCAUCUCCUAAAGUGAAGAGAGAGGGAGGUGCCAAUGUGAUAUAAUCAAAUUCCAUUAUCUGCUUCUCUUUUGUGUGAUAAAAAAGUUUAGUAGCUUUAACAUAACAAGGACAUAUAAACAGGGUUUUUGUGUUUAUUGAUUUAAGGAAUGGAUUGCUGAAAUUUUUCAUUUGAUUCAUUUUCAUGAAAAUCUUCAUUUGAUGUAAUAUUCAGAAAACUUGUACCUCUAACAGUAUAUUGCACAGGUAAAAUGAGUUAGGUAAACUGUUUAUUCCAUCAAUUAGUCAGACGUGUGUUUACUCUUGUUUAAUUUUGAUGAAUAUUCUAUUGGCACUACUUGUAAACUACAAUCUUAGUCAUUUUUAUAUGUGUUGGAUUUUACAUGAGAUGCAAUGAAUUUAAUUUUAUGUGCCCAGUACUAUCAGAAUAGCCUGUACUAUAUGAUAUACAUUUUACAUAAAAAAAAAAAAAAAAAAAAUGUUUACCAUAAAAAGUCAAAACUUUUUUUUCUCUCUUUCUCUCUCUACUUACCAUGUUCCUUAUCAGUUUUGUUUUGUAGGCUAGUUAUUGGCGAUGCAAGGUUUUGACAUCUUUAUUUCAUUUUUAUUUAUUUAUUUAUUUUCAAAAUCUCACUAUUUGCUUAUCAGUAAUUACCGAAAAGAAAUGGCAGUUCUAGGCAGUGUAGACAAAGCAACCAGUUUAAUUUCUUCACAUUAAUAUUUCUAAAAAUCUAAACAUACGAUUUAUGUAAUUGAAAUAGUAGUUUACUUCUUGAUAACUAAGUGCUUUUGGAGCCCACCGUAUGUAAACAGAGUUAAUGAAACAAACAUUGUAAGUAUGCAUGCUCUCCUGCCAUCAGUGGGUUAGAUCCAGAAUUGAAAUGUUUUACCUCUCUCAUUUACCUGCAUAUUAAAAAAGAUCCUGUAGCAACUGUUGAACUGUAUCUAUUGGCAGUGGUAGUAUAUGCUGAUUCGAGGCUUGUGAGGCAUCAGAUGUCUUUCAAUGACUGGGAUAAUAGGGACCCACUUGAAAUUCAUAUCCCUAAUAUCAAGAAUUAACCCUUUUCACUCAGAGAACUAGUGGCCUUAAAUUUAUUUGUUGUUGUGCUAGAAGAAAAAUUCUUUUUGAUCAGAGUUUCACGUUUUAAGGUCCUGUUUGAUACCCAGGCAUGAAUUUGAAUUUUAUAACUUUUGGCCACUAAUUAGAGGUAGAAAUACAACUUGGUAAAUUCCAAAUGCUUUUUAUAAAACAGUAACUUUUUUCCAUUUCUUGUAAAGAAUUAUAUCAAAGAGCUUUAUCUUAUCAAAUAAGAAGCUCAUAAUGUUUCCAGACAGUAUUAUUAGACUAUAUGUAUCAGCUGUAAUAUAAAAUUGUUUUAUUUUUAAUGAUGUAAGUAUAAACUAUGUGGCUUUUUCUUCAACCUUUUUGGAUGCUGAAAUUUGGAAUUGUGCAACAAAAGAUGCAAAAGCACAAAACUGUUCUAUGAAUUUAUAUACCUUGAACAAAAUCGUGUAUUUUUGCAUUUCAGUUUGUAACUAUCCUUGUUAAAAAAUCAUUGUAUUGCAAUUGUAAUGUAUUUUAAAACCAUUUCAGUGUUAGCUGUUAUGUAGUCUGUUUUCCUUGUGAAAUUAUUUAGCAUUUUGAAAAUAAAAUGUAUUUUUGUUUUUAUCUAUAAUUAGGUGGAUUGUGUAGAAUUCAGUCAUAUUUACCAUUCCAUGGUUCAUGUAAAAAGUUAUUUUGUUUGUGUGUUAUCAUCUUUUUGAAAAUAAGGAAGUUUUUUGUAACAUUAAUUGUUACUGAUUGCUCAUUUACAGGCAUUAUGAUACUGAUUCAUCUUUUUGUUUUUAUUUUUAGGCCAAAUGAUAAUUACGUUUUUUUUUUUGUUUUUUCCGCAAAAGGCUAUAAAAUAGCCAUAAUAAGAGAUGCUAGAAUUUAACCCCUUGUGGAUAGAUGGUCAAAUUUUCAAUAAAUCAAGAUUAAAAGAAAAUAUUUUGUUUUAAAAAAUGGUAAUGACAAAGAAAACUGAAAAUGUAAGCAGUUUUCAUUUAUUAACAUCAUUUUUAUGCUGUGAAGGUGUGUGGAAGGUGGUGCCUGGUGAGUGUGAGGUUUGGAUGCGAUAAGCAUGGUUGAUGCAGUGAGGCUGGCUCCUUUUAUUUCUUAUACCUGGUAACCACCCGUCGUGUGUGUGUGUGCGUGUGAGCGUGCGAGUGUGCGUGUGCGUGUGCGUGUGCGUGUGCGUGUGCGUGUGUGUGUGUGUGUGUGUGUGUGUGUGUGUAAUUGAAGUAAAUUGGCUGUGUCCACAUGAACAAGCAAUGAUUGUUGGGAUUUGUCUGUCUUGAUGCCUGUGGAAACCUAUACUGUUGUCCAUGUGACAUCCAAUCAAAGCCAGGCAGGAAUAAGAGGAGGUACUCAACAGAGCUGUGUGUGCUGUGAUAACCUUGGUGAGCAAGAACUAGAAUUAUUAUAGGGGAAAAGGGCUUCACACUUCUGGACACCAGAUGGAUACUUGGUUGGGUUGUCUGUAGAUGCAAGCAAAGUCUGUCAACAGGCAACCUACUCAUUUUUCGCCUGUUGAAUGCUUUCUGUUUGUUUGUGUCGAUCUCUUUGUGUGAGAAGAGUUGAAAUAACUAUGAUAACUGAGGAUGCAAUGGGACCUGUCCUCACCUAGAUGCAUGUAAUAUUACAGGACCUACAAGGGGUUAAUGUGAGCCCUAAAUAUUUAAUAGCUUAAUUUUUUCCACCUUGAAUUUGCUAGUUCUUUUCUUUUUCAGUCUGUUUUUGUUUCCAUUUUUCCUUUUUUCUCUUUUUUCUCUUUUUUUUCCCCCUUUAUCAUAUUGUAUUGCAUGAUUUAGUAACUUACUUUUUUGUGUGUCCCAUCCUAUUUCGUUUGUCUUUCAUUUCAGUUAUACAAGAAAAGCAGUAUCAAAAUGUCUCUUUUUUUUUUUUCUAUCCUGUUAUGCACAAAAUUCAAAACAUAUCAUUACUCUGUAGAAAAUUGAAUAUAUAUACAAGUUCAUUGUGAUAUAAACUGUUAUUUUUAAAGUUCAUUAGUUGAUCUUAGCUCCUUUCAACUCAAGAUAUUUAAUGUAUUAUCAUUCGGAGCAUUGUAAUCUAGCUGUGAAAAAAAAAGUUUGGUCACUAAUCAAUAUUAUUAUAAUCCUGUACCAAUAUUCUUAAAUGUGCCUUCUCAUUGUGUGACUAGUUUCCCAUCCUCUAGGUGCCAUUUUGUUAAUGGUAUAUAGGAUUAAUGGCAUUUAGUACAUGACCAGAUGCUGCCUUUUGUUCUCCCCAGCAGUAUUAUAAAAGUCUUGAUUUUGCUAAAGGUAGAUAUUAAUUGAUGCUGAUGAUGAAGGAUUCUAAAUUGAUCCUUGCUUGCUUAACCUGUAUGGACAAAGGCAGUAAAGGGCAUAUUUUUGAGAUGGCAAGGUGAAUAGUAGGUGUUCCUAUUGUGAAGAGCCUGUAUACAAAUAUGGCUUUUUUAAUUACAUGUUAACUUAGGGGCAGUGAACUUCCUUAUCCAGAAGACUUUUAGAAAUUAAAUAAUAAGAGAAAGUCCUA